AACCGGCUAGUGUUUUUUUUCUGCGUUCGUUAGCAGGCCUGUACAAAAACAGUGUUGCUACUUUUCAAAAUGGGAUGUGAUGGUGGAACUAUUCCUAAAAGGCAUGAGUUGGUGAAAGGCCCAAAGAAAGUUGAGAAGGUUGACAAAAAUGCGGCGCUUGCUGCCCGGUGGAAAUACUGUGCUCUCAGCACAGAAAAACUCUGCCGCCCAAUCGUUUCUUGUGACCUGGGAAGGCUUUAUAACAAAGAUGCCGUGAUUGAGUACCUUCUGGAUAAAUCUGCAGAACGACCCAACAGCGAGGUUGUAUCACACCUUCGUGGAAUUAAGGAUAUAAAGGAGCUGAACCUGACUGAUAACCCUGCGUGGGAGGGCGAAAUGAGGAACACCAAAGGAGACCGCUACGAGGACAUGAACUGUGCCAUGUUCAUCUGUCCUGUGGUGGGCCUGGAGAUGAAUGGCAAACAUAGGUUCUGUUACCUGCAAACGUGUGGCUGUGUGUUUUCAGACCGGGCCUUGAAGGAAGUCAAAACUGAGAUCUGUCACAAGUGUGGCGACCCGUUCAGGGAUGAAGAUGUUGUUGUCCUCAAUGGGACCAAGGAAGAGGUGGAGAAACUGAGGGAAGUAAUGGAGGAGAAACGAGCAAAGGCCAAGGCAUUAAAGAAACCAAAGAAAAGCAAAGUUGUUGAGACUGCUUCCAAGCCGUCGGACUCAAAAGAAUAUCCAGACCCCACUGAUACAGUUCCUGCAGGUGGCAACAUUUCAACACAAAAUGGUGGAGAUGGCAGCCAGACAGUCCCUGGGCCCAUCGGGUCUUCCAGCUCCUCCAAGGUUGUCAAACCUUUGGCCGCUUCCGGGAGCAAGAGGUCCAUCCAGACCAUGGAGGAGAAGUCUGAGAUUUACAAAUCUCUGUUCACCAGCCACAGUUCAGCCAAGCGCACCAAAGAUCAGACAUCAAACUGGGUCACACACACGCCUUACCAUUUUUAAAGUACCUUACUGCCCCCCAGUGGUCACAGCAGGCAGCGCGCAGUGUGUGCUCCUGUGUGUGCAGCGAGAAACGUUCUGAGGGUGGCCCAGUCUCAGCUGUUUAAAAAGGCUUAUUUAUACUCCAUACGUAAAUACAUGAAUGCCCACGUGACAAUUUUCAUCAAUGUUAAUGUGAACAUCAAUUGGGGGGCGUCAACUUGCUUUUGCUCACGAAUCAAUGACAUGUGAGUUAUGUUGUUCUUGCUGUCAUGCUUCAAAUAAUGUGAUGGCACAGUUGACAGAUUACGUUCUCACAGGUGUCCUUAGAUCAGGCUAGUAAAUCAGUAGUUAAACCAACUGGUCAGCAAUAUCGACUCUCCUUUUGAAUGGCUGUAUGAAGUGUAGGUCUUUUCUAGCCUGCUAUCUUGGUUAUUAAUAUGCAUACAUUUUAAUAAAUUGGCGUGUUAACAUAACUUAGCUUUUGAUGGUUUGUUUUGCUACAUUUUAUUAAAAACUGUUUGGGCUGUUACAAAGGGCUUCGUUUAGCUGUGUGUUAUAGGAAAGGCAAUUGUAGGGGUGGAUGAUUACAUGUUUUUACUUGCGUAUGUGAACAUUGUCCGUACUCUUGAUGUUUUUUCCAAUUAGCUUGUCUCCCACUGCCCACCUAAAUAUGAGUUCAAAUAAUACACAUGCUUAUUCAUAUGUGCAUAUUGAAUUUUUAUUAAAAUUGGUACCUUUCAGA